AUGAACAGUUCUUCUGGAUGUCUUUUUAAAAUAAAGUGGACGAACUUCCUGGGCCAUAAAGUGCCGUAUCUUCUGCAGAACAAUGACGGAGAGUGCCCACUAAUCUGUUUCGUCAAUGUGUUGCUGUUGAGGCGAAGGUUGGAACUGUCUAAAGACCUUAACGUUAUUUCAUUUAAGAGCCUUUGCUCCUACAUUUCAUCACUACUUCCACACGCUAGUCCCGAAUGGGUAGCAUCAGUAUUAGAUACCCUAAGGGGUGGGCUUUUGUUUAACUGCAAGUUUGAUUCUACCAGGGCGUUUAUAGAUUCCGAUCCAGAGCAGUUAUUUCUAUCUUUCGACAUUCCAAUUAAGCACGGAUGGAUUCCAGACCCUAUAGUUUACGGACCUAUAACUAACUUGAAUUAUGACCAACUCCUAGAAAUGCUCGCAGUUUUUCAAAGCGAGCAGGAAUGUUCCAGUUUUGGGGAAUCUAAACUUGAAUCUAGUCUUGAAGAUUCUAAACUUGAUGAUAAAACAGAGAAGAAUCUAGAAGAUGAUGAUAAAGUAGGGAAUAAUCUAGAAAAUGAACAUGAAGAAGAUUCCAAGUUAGAUGAAGAAACUAAAUUAGAGCAAGAUUUAAAAAAUUUGAAACUCACAAAUACAGAUGAGGAAGGUAAAACGGAACCAGUUGUAGAGGAACAGUUGAAUAAUGUAAAAUCUGAAGUAGAUGAAGAAAAGGUAAAUAAUACGACAGAGGAGAAAAAAGAAGAUAAGGGUGGGAAUAAAUCAGAGUUAGAUGAUUAUGUAGCUAAUUUAGCCAUGGAAUUCUUGGAAACAUACGCUACCCAGAUCACAGAGUAUGGAAUGAGAGUGUUAAAAGAGGAAAUUCCAGAGGGUUCGCUGGUGGCGCUCUAUCGCAACAACCAUUUUCUAGUAGCAACAUGUAAUAAAGGACAAUUAUUCACACUGGUAACAGACUCGGCGUUCUAUGAGCAUCGAUGCGUCUGGGAAUCACUGGAGAACUGUGAGUAUUUCGACGAAAAUUUUCAACAUUACGUCCAAACUUCAAGAGAAGUGAAACCCAAAAAGGUCAAAUUCAUUGAUAAAGUUAAAAGAGUAUUCAGAAGAAAACAAAGGAAUUAA